AUGAUCUCAUUGUUUGAUCAGACUCAUCAGUAUAUCAUCGCGGAAGCUUCAGCGAUAACCCCAUUGAUUCCAAGCUUGGGACAGGACGGUCACCCGGAAACUCUUUGGCAUUGUGGAACUGCAAUCCCGCGAUCACAUAGUGCUUGUGAAAGCACAUUAUGUUCGGAUGAAAUUCAAUCAGAUGAAUCUGGACCAAGGCCCAACCACGACUUGCCCGUCAUUGUGGUUGAUGAUGUUACCCUCGAUCCCGAGUACGCAGCUAAACCGUAUUGUCGACCCGGAGGCGCCGCAAGAUUCUACGCCGCCGUGCCAAUUCGUACAGAUCGAGGUGUCAACAUCGGAGUUAUCUGCGUAAUCCAUACCCAACCUUCACUGCCAUGGGACGAUAGUCAUUCAAGAUUUAUGAGGGAGCUAUCACGAGCCGUGACCGAGCAUCUUGAGACCAUUAGCCUUAAAAGUCACCAACGAAGGAGCGAAAGGAAGAGCUGGGGUUUGACCAGUUUUGUUGAAGGGAACACAGCACCUUUGAGUCAAGUCUCAUCUACCGGACGAGAGUAUGCCCAGCAUGAGACGAGAGGUGACGGGCUGGCCAGAUCGCAAAGGCUAGGAAUCGACGACCUGCAGCAAGCUUUGGGAGGAAUGAGUGUCAGAAACUCAACUGUCACGGCGGACUCCCGUGCAGCGAACGCUCCUCACACCAAAGAGGUUAUCAUGUGCGAGCCCCAGGCCAGAUCAAAGUUUGCCCAUGACCCAAGUCAGCUCCUCGAAACUCCCAAGCAAAUCUUCUCGAAAGCAGCGGCAAUUGUAAAGGACUCUAUUGAGACUGAUGGCUGUUUGUUCCUCAACGCGGACAUGCUUGAGUUUUCAAGUGCAGGCUCUUCCACGGAAUGGAUAGAUGAGGACCUGGCUACUCGACGACCUUCAACUUUCAGCUACAAUGAGAGUGAGGAUGCCUACACAACUGUCUCCUCUUCUGACGACCGUCUACGGCCUUCUUGCCAGGCACUCGGCUCUUCUGAACAUGGGGCAGCCCAUAUUGCUCUCCCGCAAGCUCUUCUCGCCAGGAUGAUUCGACAAUAUCCUAGGGGCCAUGUGUUCAAUUACGAUGCUGACGGAAAUCUACUCCAAGAAGAACUGCCAGAUGAUGCAACCCGUCAUCUGCCGAACAACAAUGAAUGGGGAAACCUACAUAACAGACAGGACCAUAGAUUCCGAGUUCAGCAGAGAGAAGCAAGUAUUCUCCUCGAGACCUUCCCGGGCGCUCGAAGCAUUGCAUUCGUUCCUGUCUGGGACCUUAGAAAGAAACGAUGGUCUGCUGGUGGCUUUAUUUACACUUACAAUAUCAAACGCACCUUCACGAUCGACCUUGACUUGAGUUAUCUCAGAGCUCUUGGUAUGCUCGCAGCGGCUGAGGCCUUCAAGUUGGAGACUCUAGCUGCGGACAAGGCCAAGACUGAUGCCCUUGGCUCACUAUCUCAUGAGUUGAGAUCGCCGCUCCAUGGUGCUGUUUUGAGUGUUGAACUGCUUAACGAUACAGACCUUACUAUUCCACAACAAAAUAUCGUCCGCACCAUUGAAACAUGCUGCAGAACACUCUCAGAUACGAUCGAUCAUCUGCUCGAAUAUUCCAAGGUCAACAAGGCUUUGCCUCAAGAAGCGACUCGAGAGACUCAAGCAGAUGGAAGUGGCAUCAAGAGGUCCUCGUCCGUUAGCUUAGCCUCAAAGCCAUCAAGAAAAGUCGUACAACUAGAUGUUCUGGCUGAAGAGGUUCUCGAGAGUGUCUACGCUGGAUUCAACUUUCAACAGGUCACCCUUACCCAAUCAUCCAGCCAAACCCCUCGACGACCUGGUCACACAUCUAUCCGCCGAAUGGACACCAUGCAAGCUAUGGAGGAGCUUCAAGCUCCAUCGAAAAAGAAAGGGAAUCUUUCAACGAAGAUCGGAGACGUCGACGUUUUCCUGGUUAUCGACUCACGACCAUCGUGGGGCUUCUACACCCAGCCAGGUCCCGUGCGUCGAAUUAUCAUGAAUCUGUUCGGCAACUCGCUCAAGUACACGCAAUGUGGGAUCAUUAGGGUCUCUUUAGAGCAGACCAGCGCUUUUGGUGCUGACGAUAAUGACUGCUGGGUAACCAUCAAGGUCUCGGAUACUGGCGUGGGCAUUAGCGAGGACUUUCUGCAAAAUGGCUUGUUCAAACCAUUCUCGCAAGAGAAUCACUUGUCUCCUGGCACAGGCCUCGGCCUUAGCUUCGUAAAGCAGAUCACUGCACAGUUUGGAGGUCACAUCUCUGUUGACAGCCGAGUUGGCGUCGGUACUACAGUAACAGUCAGAUUACCGAUGAAGCUUGGUGACGACUGUCAUCACAACGUCUGUGAAAUUCGACAACGAGAAGAAGAGUUUGAUGCGCAGACAGAAAAGCUUCGAGGUCUUCGGGUAAAAUUGGUCGAUUUCAACAAAGAUUCCGUUACGGGAGGCGGUUCUGUACAAAGGACGAUCGAAUCCCCCGACCAACUUGUGCAAGACAUGUGCAAAGACUGGUUAAACAUGCAGGUCAACACCUCAGAGACACCUUGCUUCAUGCCAGAUCUCGCAAUUUGGUCUGAGGAGGGAUUUGAAAGACCCAAUGUCUCCAAGGAUUCAGUCCCGGAUAUUCCAAACAUUGUGCUCUGUGCCAAUGCUGUUACUGCACAUCAGUAUGCGACUGGCGCAAAGACAAUACCACGUCCCGGAGUCUUUGAGUUCAUUUCACAACCCUCACCCUUCCCCGCAAGCGAAGACGAAACCCCAACACAACAAAAAGGGUAUUUCAAAGUAUCUGAGUUCCUUCUCGUUGAUGACAACUUCAUCAACCUCAAAAUCCUCUCCUCAUACAUGAAGAAGCUCAAACAACCAUAUCAAACAGCUUCAGACGGUUUAGAAGCCGUCACAGCAUAUGAAGCAGACCCUGGCCGAUAUAGCUGUAUCUUGAUGGAUAUUUCGAUGCCGGUCAUGGACGGGUUUGAAGCAACGAGGAGGAUUCGUGCUUUUGAGUCACAACAGGGGUUGAGGCCUGCUCUGAUACUUGCUUUGACGGGCUUGGCAUCUGAGGAGGCGCAGAGGGAGGCUACUGUCAGCGGAUUGGACUUGUUCUUGACGAAGCCUGUGAGGUUGAAGGAGCUGGGACCCAUCUUGAGAGCCAAGGGGGUCUUGGAGGAGGAGUCGAAUCUGGGCUGA